GAGUCAGAAGGCAGUACAGCCGCGUCGAACACAGAAACAACGCCGGCAGUUUGUGUUAUGGUGUCCCGCAGUCCACAGUUGCUAGUCGCGCGGCGUUUCAACAAGUGACAUGGUCCUGGUACGGCGGGCCGGCGGUGUCGGGGCCUCGUGCCUCGUGUGCCUCCUCCUCAUGACCUGCUCAACUUUACUCCUUGUAGACGGAGCUGUUAUCCUGCCGAACACUUCGGGAAUUGAUGGACAGCUAACGGCGAAUCAUAAAGUUGAUCACUUCUUUUCGCUUUGGUUGGUGUUUAGUAACGACGAUGUUAAAAUAUCAGAUGAGCCAUUCACAAUCUUUGCUCCACAAAAUGCAGCAACCAAGCGAGCAGAAAAACUUCUUCAACAACCUGAACUUAUUAAAAAACUACUUAUGGACCACGUUGUCCUGGGAUCACUUAUCGACCUUACAAACGUAACAAGCAAUGUUUCCUUAAAAACUCUUUCUGGUAAAAUGAUUACUGUGAAGUUUUCCAAGGAACAUGGUCUAACUGCUAAUAAUGCCAAUGUAGUGGAAAGAAAAGUCAAGGUACCAAAUGGUUUAUUAGUCGUCUUAGACGGUUACUUGUUCUCGUUUACGGAAGAACAAGAAAUAAAAGAAAAGAACACUUCCUCAACGACGUCCACGUCCCAAGAAAAGCUGAUGGACGUAUCGGCCACGUUUCCCUCAGCGUCCAACGAAAGCAAUAAAAAUCAAUCGAACACUACGUUCGUGGAAAACAUUAUGGAAGUACUUUCGUUCCUCAAGAGCGGCGUUAGAGUAUUUCAACACUUCUUAUCAAGAUCCAACGUUUCCAAGUUGCUACACCGAGAUGAAGAAUAUACCGUUUUCGUACCGACUGACCACGCUUUCCAAAGGUGGCACCCAAUUGAUUGGGGGUUUUAUCCAUUUAGUGUCCCCGAAUUUACAGAGAGUGUAAUUGUUAACCAUUUUGUUAAAGGUAGAUUAAAACAAGAACUUAUUAAGGACGGAGAAGUUAUCAAAACAAUCGGAGGAAAGGAAAUUGUGUUUAGGAAAACACCCAAUCUUACCGUCAAUGGAGCCAUGCUAGUAAAGGGAGACACACCAGUCGCCAGAGGCAACAUAAUGUUCAUAGGAGAAGUACUAUUCGUCACGGAAUCUAUAGUGUCUAAACUCCAUCAACAACACAAAGAUAAAGAAACUCCCCCACUCCUAGCAUUUCCUUGGUUCGGAGCUCAAUUCCUUUCCCAUGCCUUCCUAGCAUUGGAACGAGACAAGAGAUUCACGCAUAUCACACGGUUCCUGAACCUUGCUGACCUCGCACCGCAUGUAUCAGGAACGGGAUAUUCGUUCUUUGUUCCCACUGAUACAGCGUUCGAGAAGAUUGGACUGGACAAAAUGCCGGACAAUUAUUUGUCGACUGGGGACGGAUUGCAGAUUUUACUUAACCACUUUGUUAAAGGAAGGUUGUACGAUAGAGACCUGAGGGAUGGAAUCCGACUGGAGUCUUUGGGAAAUAGGACCAUUGAAGUGAAAAGAAUGAAAGAUGACGUAUAUAUCAACGAUGCAAAAAUAGUAGAAAGUGAAGUUUUCGUAUACAACUUAGGCACAAUGUUCUAUAUAGACAAAGUACUUUUCACGGCUAAAAACACUCUCCUCAACACUAGUGUAGUUACAGAAGCAACGCGAUCUCUAACACCAGCUUGGACGACGCAAUCAAACGUUGAAGACGUUCCCGAAGAACUAGCAGAGCCUUCGGGAUCUUUACCAGACGUCCUCUUCGCGGAUGGAGCUAGCCCCGAUAACGAAACAGAAGCGUCAACUAUAACGAUCACUAAACAAAAAAGUACUGUUAAAUAAUGUGUUAAAUAUUGUAAUGGUGGUAUUAGUAAAUUAUAUUUUAAUUUUUACAAGAGCUAACAUUUUUUCACUUAUUUUUACUAAACACAGUCCAGUAAAUAGGAAGCUUUAUAUUACAGAACAUCACAUAGGUCCAUAUCUGGUCAUUUUUGAGUCUUCGGUUUGUUUUCCUUUAAACAUAUUAUAUAAAAAUCAGCAGUUUUUAAAAUUUUGCCGAAAAAAAUACGCUUUUACAAAGAAAUGUCUAAAACCAAAUUUAAAAGAUGAAAUAUUAUACCAAAUUUAAGGACAGUGGUUGUUUGAGUAAAGUAGUGGACUGUAUAAUAAAGAAUAGACCUGGAUCCCGCGUAAGAAAGAAAAGUUGAUUAAUAGCAAGCUGAAAAUUUGUUAAUAGCUUAACGGUGUCUAGUCGGACAAACUUUGAUGCACGGGAACACUGGAACAGGGGAAGUUUUAACUGUGGAGCAUGAUAAAUGUGUCGUCCUGACAAGUUUAUGAUUGUGAAAAAUAGCAAGUUGUUUUUAAGUUUAUUCGAUAGCCAACGUUAUGUAAUAUAUGCAAAAAUGUUUUUCCGACAAAAAUGUUGGGCAUUUUAACGAGUCCAACACGUAGAACAUGUUACAUCACAGGAAUUAUGUUGGUGAUGAAUAGCAGUCUGAUUUUUGCAUGAGAGUUUAAUGAAAGGUUAAAAAAGCAAUUGGAAGUUCUGUCCGACAAAAUUAAUGGGAAGUUUUCGUAGUCGGACAUUCUAAACAGGUAAGAUAUAGACAAAAAUGCUGGUGAUAAAUAGCUUUCCGACAAAGACGAAAUUUAAUUAAGUAAAUUAUUCCUUAUUAAGAAUGACUGUUGUCGGAAAAAAAUAAGGGGUAGAUUUUGUAGUCGGACAAUUUAAAAAAAUAAUUUUUGAAAUUUCAAUAAGGGGUGAUUAUUCUAUGUCAAAAGUACCUGCAAUCAAUUACAAUCGAUAUCUUUCGAUUUAUGUCAACAUAAUUUAGAUACCUCACUGUAAUACAUUUAUAGUAGAUCAGGUAAAUUAUAUUAUGGAUUGAGUGGUCUAGCUAUCUUUGUCUGCCACAUGCGCGGGAUCGCUUGGUUAAAAGAGAUAGAUAGACCACCUAUCGACUUUUUGCACUGUAUUCCCUGUCUACCGUUAUGUCUAUGAAUACAUUUCCAUUUAAGAAAAACUGUCACUUUUGACAAUAAUUCAUACUAAAUUGCAAUCGUAACUUCAAAUUUAAACUAAUCGAUUUAUUUUGGCAGCAAAUUAUUUCUUGCCAUGUGACAUAUUAAUUAUAAUAUUACAUUAUUAUUAAUAAUAUUACAUUAUUAAUAAUAUUACAUUAUUAUUUCAUUUGUAGAAAGUUGAGAAAAAUUACGUUAUUACAAUUUUAGUAAUAAUUUAUUUAGGUACCCUUUUUCAAUCAAGCAAAGUAUUAUAGCACGAAGAAUGAUAUUCAAUAGAACUUUCACAAUUAUCUGGCAACUGAACCUCAUUGAAUUGAUGACCAAGUAUUUUACUAACUUUGUAAAAUGUUCGAAAAUUACUCAAAAAUGUUCCGUUGAAUGGUUUCACUUUUGAUUUGGCGACUUAAAAUUUAAACUGUCGACACUCAAAAAUAGACACAAAAACACUCCAUAGUUAAUAUAAAUUUUAAUUUCCAACACACGUGGCAAACAGAAACUCAGAGACCAUGUACUUUCAAAUACUACUUUGUAUAGCACAAAGUGUCACACUGACAAAUGCAGCCUUCUAAUACAUACUUCUAAGCAUAAUGUGUCAUAUUUACGUCUAUUCUUAUAAGCACCGAAGUUUUAGACUCUUCACAUUUUUCAAUGUCGUUUACAGGGUUAAGAUUUGAGUAUGGAAAAAAAUGUAUACAACGUUUUUUGUAGGAAAUUUUCCGUACUUUCUGAUGCGCCUAAUUAGAAAACCCUAAGAGAUUGCUUUCACAUGUUCUUUGACAUUUUUUAUUGUAAUUUUGAGAAUAUCUAGAACAAACUCCACCCAAGAAAAUAAUUGUUUUGCAAUGUAUACAUGCAUUGAUACUUACCUCACUGUUUUUGGAGUGUGCAUGUAUAUAAAUGCACAUGCAAAUAUGUGAAUAUAAAUAAUAAUAUACAACUAAAAUAGCUUUAUCAAUAUGUGACUAAGUCAUUCUGAAAAAAUGUUUUUUAUUUAUUUCCUUCGAUUUGCCCAAACUUUUUGUCCGACAUAUAACUUUUUGCGUUACAAAAUAUAAUUUGUACAUAAACAAAUCAAAAUUAGCUUGCUAUUUAUUACCAACAUUUUUGUCUAUAUCUUACAUGUUUAGAAUGUCCGACUAGGAAAAUUUCCCAUUCAUUUUGUCCGACAGAACUUCCAAUUGCUUUUUUAACCUUUCAUUAAACUCUCAUGCAAAAAUCAGACUGCUAUUCAUCACCAACAUAGUUCCUGUGAUGUGACAUGUUCUACGUGUCGGACUCGUUAAAAUGCCCAACCUUUUUGUCGGACAAACAUUUUUUCAUAUAUUCUAUAACGUUGGCUAUUGAAUAAACUUAAAAACAACUUGCUAUUUUUCACUAUCAUAAACUUGUCAGAACGACACGUUUAUCAUGCUCCACCGUUAAAACUUCCCCUGUUUCAGUGUUCCCGUGCAUCAAUGUUUGUCCGACUAGACACCGUUAAGCUAUUAACAAAUUUUCAGCUUGCUAUUAAUCAACUUUUUUUUCCUACGCGGGAUCCAGGUCUAGAAUGUGGUUCAUCAAGUCUAACGGAAGAUAUUUUAGUAGUACCUAUCUCCAUCAAUAAACUCCAGAUCCAAUAAGAGGAAUGUCUUUUGUCAUUUUAGUUUUAAAGGAAAACUGCUCUAUUAUAAAAUAAAAUGUAACGAUGAAAGAAACUACUGUGUGGUAACAGGAAAACUAGAAGGCGCUGCUCCAGAAAACAAGAGACCACUAAGGAACUAGAUUGUUAGACUUGAUCUAUGCAUCACUAGAGCAAAAAAAGAGCGUCAUAUUUUUAUUUUUUUAUAUAAGUGAGUUAAAAUGGUAUUUAAAAUCCCUUUCCACGCUAUUAUGUAUGUAUUUAAAAUUGUGAUGAAGCUGAAAUAGGCUGGUAUUUCUAUGUAUUUUCUUUAAAUUACUUGUAAAAUUAUUAUUUUCUAGGAAAUUUUGGUUUACACUUUACAGUUAGAAAUGCAGUAGCACACAGACAUAUCAAAGUUUUUGUUUGUAUUUUCUUUUAUGAUAAUGCCUUAAUUUUUCAAUAGCUUUUGUUACAAAAAUGCAGAUUAAAUGAAUUAAAGCUUAUUAAAUUAUAGCGUUGGAAAUCUAAGAAAUGAACAUAAUAUAUAGCAUAGACCAGGGCGCAUCUGUAAAAACAUUAGUAGGUACAUUUGGAUGUUGAGAGGAUUAUAUUUUGCUUGAAAAUAACUCAUAUAAUAUUAUGUGAGUUAUUCUCCCACUCAAAAAGGUCCUGAACAUUGUUUAAAUAAUCAAAAUGUCACGAAAAAGUAAAAUUCGUUUUUUUAUUCAUUUUUGGAUUAUAACUUUAAAAGUAUUCAUUUCCGAGAAAAGUUGCACUAACAUAAAACUUGCGUAAUUAAAUUUCCUACAACGUAGGGUUCGUUAAAAAUUUUAAAAAUUGUCACCCUUGUUAAUAAAAAAAAACAAGUAUUCGCAUUUUACGUUUUUCCACCAUUUAUACUACACUUAGAACCUUCAUAUUUCACCUAGAAAAACUAUAUGAUACAAUAAAACAAUACUAUACAUUUAAUUAAGAUCGGUUUAAUAGAUUUUGCAAAAUAAAUUUUGCAAUCCAGCUUUCGCAAAAAAAAGUACUUUGCUAAGUAAUAAGACAUUUACUCAACUACACAUUAUACUAUAAUUUGAUUGCGACUGUAUGAAUCAUUAAUAUCUAUGCCAUUAAAGAAAACUAACAUUCAACCCAAUGUUAAAUCAUAUAUGUUCAGUUCUUUGAAUCCCGAUGCUGUAUAUUUGAAAAAAAUAUAUGUAAUUAAUAAAAAAAUCGUAUAUGCUACGUGUAGCUUAGUAAAACUAUUUUGUUGACAUAUAUUUUUUUAAACUUUUUAACUUUUUCGGUUUUUAAAAAAUCGUCUUAGAUAUAGCGUUAAUAUUAUAUUUAUAAUAGGACUACUUUUUCCACUAGUUUCUUUGCACAUCACCGAAAAAACAAAAUAUAUAAAAAAUUUCAACAACACUUUGGUCUGAAUUUUAUUCAUUUAUCUGCAUUAAAGUUUACGGCAAGUUUCCCUUUUUAAUCAACUCUUUAUUAUUUACUAAAGUAUACUAAAAGUUAAAUAUAAGAAAAAUAUGAUUUGGGAAAAAACCAGUUUUAUUGUUGUUUAACAUUCGUAAGGCGCACCCCAGACCUCGUUUUUCUCACCUAUCUUUUUGAUAAUUUUUUUUUAUUUUUGUCCAUUUUUUUAUUCGCAUUAAAUUCAAUUCUAAACGCACUCCACCCAUUACAGCUUUAAAACUGUUUGCGUUUAAGUGUUUUUUUUUUUGGAAAAAUGACAGUAGGGUGCAUAUGAUGAAAAUUUCAUUUCCUGAAUUGGACGUUUCUGAUGUUACACCUGGAGCUAACAGAGCUACGGAACAAGGUCGUUGUUACUUAUGUCACAGAAAAAGACAGGAAGUCCCGACAUAACUGUAUUGUGUGUAAAAACUUUGUGUUGCUCACUCUGUGAAAAAUUUCAUGUGUUUGUGAUGCAAUGAUAAUAAUUUUUUUAAGAAGAAAUGAGUACUUUGUUUGUAAAAUUAUGUUUCAUAGUUUAAUAAGCAAGUCCUAUUUAUUUUUCAAAUUAAUUUCCCCGACGUUCACAUAUGAAAAACAAUGGAUAUACGGAUGGGGUGUAAAUGCACCCUGCACCGUCGUUUACGUAAGAAUCUAAGUACCGCCUUACGAGGGUUAAAGUAAAGUAGUUACUUUUAGUUUAGAUUUUUAAAUAAGUCGACACCUCAUCCGGCGUCCUAAAACUUUCCACGAGUAGUUUGUUUUUGAUUCUCUGCAACACAACACAAAGAAAUCACAGGGUGCCAAGUAAGGACUUUAUGGAGGAUUGCCUACAAAAUCGAUGUUUUUCUCUAAAUGGUACCUACACAACUGUCAAAGCUCUAUACGAUUGAGCUUUUUGACAGUUAUUCAUUCCAUUAUCUAACGAAAUCGUCAUGCAAGAUUGAUUUUUUGAAUUUUAAUAGGUUCCCUUAACAUCCGUGGAUCUUUUACUAGCCAACUGUGUCCUUGGUACCUUUUUUAACUAUUUGACUGUUUUACUUGGUUUUAUUACAUAUUUGAAGUGCAAAGAAAUUACUCUUAAAAAGGGUAUACUAAUAGUUAAAAUUCUUAUUUUGUUUUAAAUUACUUAUAAUAUUUUUUAUAAUAGUUAUGCAGAUUAAAGUAAUGGUGUAUAUAUAAUAAAUCAGUUAUUUAUGUAAGUAAAUUAGAAAUAAUUUAUAUCUAGACAAACCAUGACUGAUGAAUGUUAAGAACAAUUUGCAGAUUUUUGUAAAUUGGUUUAUAUUUCUAUAAAAAUUAAUGUCUGUUAUUCUAGUAAAUAGAGAAAUAGAAUCGGUUAGAGAUGAAAUUAUGGAUAUGUUUCUUUACUAUAACAUUUCUGUUCAGUUAGAACAUAUGAAAGUAUCUGGAAACAAGUAAAUUUGAAUCAUAGUCAAUAGAGUCAAAUAGAAAAAAGUAAAAAAAAAUUCUGAUAACAACCAGAUACAAAAGGAAACAAUGGAUGAAGUCAUAAAAAGGAAAUUUUAGAAUUAAUAGAAGAAAGACAUCAUAAAAAGAAAAUCAGAUGUACAAAAAAAUUCAUAAACAAAUAAAAUACAAAAUUAAGCAAGCAAUAGAAGAAUGGUUAAAAGAAUAAUGCACAGAAAUGGAAGAAAACCAGAAAGACAUGAUAGUUUUAACACACAAAAAGAUUAAACAAUUAACUACAAAAAUAGAAAAAGAAAGCCUGGAAUAUUGAAAGAUUCAAAUAUGAAACUAGUGUUAAAUAAUAUCAAAAAAUUAAAGAGAUGGAUAAAAUACAUCAAUAAGUCGUUGAAAGAGAAUAGAACAGAAGAUAUUAUGAAAAUAGAAGUAGAAGAUGGUACGGUUUUAUAGGUAGUAAGAAAGGAAAUUAAAAUGGCAUUCAAAAACAGGAAAAAUGGCAAAACAGUAGGUUCAAACAUUAACCUUUAACUACACGCGCUGGCGUAUUUGGUACGCCAGAUAUAAGAAUUAUACUGCAAAUAUAUUAAAAAAUUUAAUUUUUGACCUUGUUUAUCUCUCUAACCUAUCACUGGAAUGUGCUUUACAAUUUGGUUUUAGUUUCGUUAUAAUCGGCGUUCUGGGAAGAUCGUAAUUUACAGUUUAUUAUUUGUUGUUUCCGGUGGUGGACAAUAUACGCCACGAUUAUAUUGAUAUAAGUCGUAAUAUGAGUACAUAUUUCAAUUGUUUUUUAGUCAUUAUGGCACAAAAUAUAUUUUUCUUUAUAAACAAUACUUUUUCUCCUGUAAAAAAUCACAUUUCAAAAAAAUUUUUAUUCGUAAUUUUAUUUAUCAUGGAAUCCAGUUAUUCCAUGAUUCCAGUUAUAAAUCCCAAUUGGCUUACUGAGAAGGAACUCCAAGUAUUCACUGAUGCCGAAUAAGGUUUAUAACAAACAACUAAGUGUAUUUUUUCAAAAAAAAUAAUCAAAUCCGCUGUUUUUAAGUGUAUUUUCUUGUGGCGUGUAAAGUACGCCACGCGUGUAGUUAUGUUAUAACUUGAUGCGCGGGUAGUUAAAGGUUAAAGUAGACUUGAUUAACACAAUAUACAAAACAAGAUAUAUACCGAAAUAAUCUUUACUUUUCACCUUUUGCGCUAUUCCUAAAUAUACAAUGUUACUUUGAUUUUAAAAAAGCAUUUGGUAAAGAAAGGCAUGAAAAAUUAGUCCAAAUUCUUAAGAAAUAAAAUAUAGACAAGAGUGACCUAGGAAUAACAACAAACUUUUACUCGAAUCAAAGAGCACAAAUUGUAAUAGAUAAAAACGCAGUUCAGAAAUUGAAAUCAGGAGGGGAGUUUAGGCAGGGAUGUAUUAUGUCUCCAUUACUAUUUAAUGUAUAUAAAAAUAAUGAAAUAUUUAAAAAAAAAAUUUAACGACCACAUCAAUAACCAAACGUCAUAUCCCUAAUUUCAGUUCUAACUUCUGAUUGUAGAUGAGUGUUGUGUAAUUCUAAUAAAUCAUAAAUGUUUACGUUUAGCUAACAAUAAUAUAUUCGAUAUAUUACUAGUACAAACAAUAAAACAAUUACUUUCGUACAUCUUCUUUAAUGGUUUUUGUCUUUGUACAUAUUUUAAUUUUUGAUUUAAUAAAGUCUUAAAACUU